CUGCUGUUUGUCCUUCUGUCAGCCAAACAGGUGAAUGAGAAGGAGGGGGCGGGGUCUGUGGUGCUGCCCUUCAAAACGACCCUUGACCUGCCAGAGGACACCAUGAUUGUGUGGGAACGGGUUGAACCAGAGUUCAUGAGGGUCCACAAAUAUCAGAAGGGCUCCAACCAAACUCACCAACAGGACCAGUUCUACAGGAACAGAACCAGGAUGGAGGGAGAACCGCUGAGAACCGGAGACCUCAGUCUGACUCUGGUCCAGCCCAAAGUUGAAGACAGUGGAGAGUACAGAUGCUGGAUGGAGAGCAGCAGGGUUUGGAGGGAGAUAACGAUUCAGCUGAGAGUCACAGGCAGUGAUCUGGUCCAGGAUCCAGCAGAGGAAACCAUCAAACUCCUCUGA